AUGGAGAUUUCCUUACAAAAUAUAGUUGUCUUGAUUCUGGGAUUGCUGGUAUGUCCUUUCUUGGUAGAAAGUCAUCUCAAAACUCUGAAAUACAGAUCAAAUCCCUCUCCCUUUCCAGCCAACUUCCUUUUUGGGACUUCAUCUUCUGCAUAUCAGUAUGAAGGUGCUUUCGAGGCCGAUGGUAAAGGUCUGAACAAUUGGGAUGUUUUUACGCACAAACCAGGUGCUGUAAUUGAUGGAACUAAUGGAGAUAUUGCUACUGAUCACUAUAAUCGUUAUCUGGAAGACGUAGAUCUUAUGGCCUCUAUGGGAGUGAACAGCUAUCGGUUUUCAAUUUCCUGGGGAAGAAUCCUACCAAAAGGGAAAUAUGGGGCUGUGAAUUUGGCAGGCAUUGACCACUACAACAAGCUCAUUGAUGCUCUCCUCCUCAAAGGAAUCCAACCAGUGGUGACAAUGAAUCACUUUGACAUCCCUCAAGAAUUAGAGAACAGAUAUGGAGCCUGGCUAAGUCCCAAACUACAGGAAGAUUUUGAAUACUUCGCAGACAUUUGUUUCAGAAGUUUUGGGGACAGAGUAAAAUAUUGGAUCACCUUCAAUGAGCCAAAUGUGUUUUCCAUUUUGGCUUAUCGCUAUGGCGUUUACCCUCCGGGUCGUUGUUCCAAACAAUUUGGGAAUUGCACAGUAGGAAAUUCAGAGACGGAGCCCUUCAUCGCAGCCCACAACAUUAUUCUGGCUCAUGCAGCUGCUGUUCAUUUAUACAGAACUAAAUACCAGAAGCAACAAGGAGGUCAAAUAGGAAUUACGGUACAGGCCCUAUGGUUUGAACCCAUAAGCAACUCCACCGCUGACAAGCUAGCAGCAGAAAGAGGCCAAGAUUUCCUUUCAAACUGGUUCCUGGACCCAAUCAUACUGGGAAAAUAUCCAAGGCAAAUGAAGAACAUUCUUGGAUCCACUUUACCAGAAUUUUCAAGCAAUGACUUGUUUAAACUACAGAAGGGAUUGGAUUUCAUUGGCUUAAAUCAUUAUGCCGGCUUCUAUGUCCAAGACUGCAUGUUUUCGACAUGUGAACCCAUACCAGGGACCUCGAGAACUGAAGGUUUCAUCAGACAAACGACAGAGAAGGAUGGCAUUCCCAUUGGAGAAGUUACUGGGAUGGCGCCAUUCCAUUAUUACCCGCAAGGAAUGGAAAAAAUUGUCACUUAUUUAAAAGAAAGAUACAAUAACACACCAAUUAUCAUUACAGAAAAUGGAUAUUGCGAGGUCAGCAAUUCGAAUUCCACCAUUGAAGAAUCUGUAAAUGACAACAAGCGAGUAAAGUUCCUGGCCAACUACUUGGGUGCCCUGUCAACAGCCAUAAGGAAAGGAGCAGAUGUGAGGGGAUACUUUGUCUGGUCCCUCCUCGACAACUUUGAGUGGACAAGUGGAUACACUAAACAUUUUGGGCUUUACCAUGUUGAUCGGAACACUUAUAAGAGAAUUCCAAAGUUAUCGUCAACUUGGUACAGACGCUUCAUUGCAGAACACCUUUUCAAGUUAAGUCCAUUUCAAUCAGUAUGUAUAUCUGAAGCUUCUGAAAUGGAUAAAGAGAAAAGCUAUUCCAGGGGAAUCUCCAUUCAAUUCAGAAAUGAGGAGGAAAGUAGGAACUUCCAUUGUGCAUUUGAGCAAUGGANACCCCACCCCACCCCCAACACAACACAACCCAAAUCUGUAAAUCUGGGUUUGGAACUUUGA